CUAUUACUUGAGUUAAAUUUUUGAACAAAAUGAGUGUUGAUAAUUGUAAGCAAACCUAUGUAAUUGUUAUUAUAUAAAGAUGUAUACUGGAAUGUAAAACUUUAUUUUGUCUUUUGAAUUUGACACUACUCGCUCUGAAUGACGUGACUUUGUCUAUUGGUAGAAAAAGUUGAAACAAUUUUCACCAGCAUGAAUCUCAAGAAAACUUUACUAUUAAUUCUCUUUACAGCCAAUUUUGACUUAUUUUACCCUUAGACAUCGAAUAUUAAAUCACACAACUGCUUGAUGGAUUAUUCGGUAAAAGAGGCCAGGAAAAAGAUUCGCCAUUUGUUUUAUUGGAAAACAUCUGGAGUAAUAUUAGCUAUAUCUUCACUCGCUGCGUUGCAAACUCUUCAGACAAGUAUAAAUAUCGAAGGAAAUGUCGGAUCUAUAUCACUGACUGCAGGCUACAUCACAUCAAUAUUAUUUAGUGUAUUCUGCUGUCCUAUCAUAAUCAAACGUCUGGGGUCGAAUGUUGGAAUAGUCGUCGCAGAUGCAUGCUAUUUGGUCUACUGUUUAUCGAAUUUUUAUCCUGAACUUGGGGUUCUAACAUUCGGAGCCGUGGUGAGCGGUGUGGCAAGAUCAUUGUAUUUUCCAACUUAUACAAUCUUGAUAAUUCAACUUGCAACUACAAGUACCGAUAUCGGACCACAAAAAUCGGAUGGAUAUUAUUUCGACCUGUUUCAGAGCAGAUUCUACACGAGUGUGGAAAGCGUAUCUAUUAUCGGGAAUGGCUUGUCCUACUCUAUUCUAUACGGCAUAUCUGCAGCAAUCAGUUCCGGCAGCGAUGAAACUGCAAUAGUACCGAAUGUAACAGCCACACCAAACAUAACAACGUCAGCAGCCUUAGUCGACCCAUACAGAUACUGUGGCGUUAACGACUGCCAGGAUCCCUCUGUUGUCAGCGAAAGUAUAGAUCAGUACGUACCUCCAGCAAAAAUCAGCGUUAUCGUGCUCAUUACAGUUGCAAGUUCCCUCUGUAUAUCUGCAGUUUUAAUACACGCUUUGAUCUAUCCUGGUAUCGGCUCAUUCAGUCACAAACUCGAGCAAAUUAAAGAACUUGUCGUCAACAGCAAUGACGUCAGCAUUCACGUUUCAAACGUAACGACUGACAUCUCACUUCAAGGCGAUGUCGCCGAUAAUAACAAUAACGACACGGACAAAAAGGUUUUGGAUACAGUGACUUGCUAUCAAAAUUCCAGCUUCAGUGAUGACGAAAAAGACAUUUCGCUUAAUGUAUAUACAAUUCCUUCACCAGAAGAAAAGAAAAAAAUUGACAGUUCUUCUAUAAUUCUGUCCGAAGAUAACGUCCCUAAUGAGACUAAAAAUCAGCAAGAUGUCGAACGUCCGGCGGAUAAUGAUAAGAAGGAAGAAAAAGUUGAAAAGAGCUAUUUGGAAAUACUGAAAGCAACAGGAAUGUUUCUAAUUCAUCCCCAAUCAUUAAUGCUGAGUAUUUCAGUUCUCCACCACGGAAUGAUGCUUGGAUUUGUUUUCGCUGACAUGACUAGAGCUUACGCCUCAUGCGUUGCAGGAGUUGAAACGACGGGACUUUUCGCUAUUGUUUUUGGCGCACCGGCAAUGUUAUCUGCAAACAUAUAUGGAAAGCUGAUCUUCCCUCAUAGACGAUAUGUUUUAUACGGAGCAUCAUGUGGACUCGAAUUUCUUUUGUAUGUUGGCUGUUAUAUGUGGGUGCCAGAUCCGGAUACUAUUUGGCUUGUUUAUCUUCUCUUUGCUGGAUUUGGACUAGUGAAUGGAAUAUUUCGUCAAAAUAUUGUAGCGGUAUUCAAUAUUCAUUUCUCGGACAAUAAAGACGUGGCUUUCAGCGUCUUUAACGUUUGGUUCAUGGGUGGGUUAGGAGUGCAGUAUGGCCUCAGUACUUUUAUGUGUGUCGAAGACAAGCUAUAUACUCAAGUAGCUGUGCUGGUUCUUGGGGUUGUAUUAUUUGUCGUUACGGAGUUGAUUUACACGACGGGAAAGAAAAAUUCGAACACACAACAAGAUGUGGAAAAUACAUACGUCGAAAAGAGAACUAAAUUGUGAAAUUUAAAACCGAUGGGUCAAACUUUAACGGGUAUUUCAUAUACG